GAGCUGUCGGAGUACUUCCUUACAAAUACAAGCAUUUUAGCCAUCUCUCUCAUUCCGACUCUACCAGUCGUUAGGGGAGGUUGUGCUUUUGAGGAACUCCUACCAUUGUCCUCAUUUGUGAUUGAUAUUGGAUAUUUUCUUCAAGGUUAGAUCCAGGAUCGAUUUUCAAAGAAUACUUGAUGAUGGAUGGUGACAUCGCGAGAGAAUCCAGCGGCAACGAUGAUUUUGAAAUCAUCGGAGGCGAUUCUCCCGGAUGCAGCAAGUCCGACGGAGACGGUGUGGUGGUCUCAGUUGAGGUUGACAUCAUUGCUAACGGUGAUGACCUGUCAGCCUCCAAGCAACUUGAUGGCGAAGAGUCCUCAGAGGUGAACGGUGUAGGCCAGGGAGGGGAGGAAGGUGAGAUAACCCAUGCAAGGAUAGGACAGGGUGAUGUUGAUGACAAGCCUAAGCAAUCUGCAGAGGAAUUGAUGGAGGAACUUGGCAUCACUAUGGAGAGUGGUGACCAGGAAGAUGAGGAGAGUAAGGUUAGUCCAGAUGCAGGGGAGGUCGUUGAGGAGGAUCAGGUUUCAGCGACGACCAUGAAGACAGAAGAAGCAAGCGUGUCGCUGGACACUCUUGCAAAAGAAGAGGAGGCUGAGCCCAAGACUGAGGCUGAUGAUGGAAGUCAGGAAAAUGGUGUUUCCAUUGAGGUAAUGCCUGUUGGAAAGGUAGAAGACACUCCAGAAACGCUAGAAGACAGUACUCCAGAAACACCUGAUGACUCUCCCGCAGACACUGACGAUGUCACAGAACCUACCCCUAGAGAUGAAGUGCCUGAAGAAACUCCAGAAAUACAAGAAGAAACUCCAGAAACACGAGAAGACAGUACUCCAGAAACACCAGAAGAUUCUCCUGCAGAUGCCGAUGCUGUUUCUGAACCUUCCCCUGAAGAGGUCACUGAGGAUGCCCCUCAAGAGGUUACAGAGGAUACUCCCAAAGAUGUUACUGAGGAUAGUGCUAAUGAUCUCAUAGUGGAAACUCCCAAAGACCUCGCUGAAGACAUCCCCAAAGACAUUCCAGAUACGGAGGAAGAUACCAACCAGGACUCGGCCGUUGACGUGAAUCUAGACACAUCUCAAGACACGUCUCAUGAUAUAUCACAGGAUAUCAGUUUGGAUGUUUCUCUAGACAAACCACAGGAGCUUGGUGAGGAUGCACCAGCUUCUCAGGAUGAUGACCAAACCCUGACAGAACAGAGCUUAGAUGAAUCCCUUAACUCUGAGGAAGUGACUCCACAGCAAGGAGAUGAAACUCAGAAUGACCCAGAUCCGGGGGAAGGGGAAGGAGAACCAACUGCUGCACCAACACCUGAUGAACCAACAGGAGAAACUGAAAAGGAAGUAGCAGAAGAAGAAACACCAGCAGAAGAAGUGCCAGCUGAACAAGAAACACCACCUGAAGAAGAAACACCAGAACAAGCACCAGCUGAAGUAGAGACCCAAGCUGGAGAAGAGACACAAGCUGAAAAAGAAACACAAGCUGAAGAAGCAACUCCAGCUGAAGAAGAGACACCUGCUGACGAGACACCAGCUGAAGAAGAAACACAAGCUGAAGAAGCAACACCAGCUAAGGAAGAUACACCAGUCGAAGAACCAACAUCAGCUGAAGAAGAGACACAAACUGAAGAAGAGACACCAGCUGAGGAACCAACACCACCUGUGCAAGAAAAACCAGCUGAAGAAGAGACACCAGCUGAGGAUUCACCAGCUGAAGAAGCAACACCAGCUGAAGAAGAAACACAAGCUGAAGAAGAGACAAAAGCUGAAGAAGAGACGCAAACUGAAGAAGAGACACAAACUGAAGAAGCAACACCAGCUGUGGAAGAAACGCCAGCUGAAGAAGAAACACCGUCUGAAGAGACACCUGCUGAAGAGACACCAGCUGAAGAAGAAUCACAAACUGAAGAAGAGACACAAACUGGAGAACCAACACCAGCAGUGGAAGAAACACCCGCUGAAGAAGAAACACCGGCUGAAGAGACACCAGCUGAAGAAGAAACACAAGCUGAAGAAGAGACACAAACUGAAGAACCAACACCAGCAGUGGAAGAAACAUCCGCUACAGAAGAAACACCGGCUGAAAAGACACCUGCUGAAGAGACACCAGCUGAAGAAGAAACACAAGCUGAAGAAGAGACACAAACUGAAGAACUAACACCAGCAGUGGAAGAAACACCCGCUCAAGAAGAAACACCGGCUGAAGAGACACCUGCUGAAGAGACACCAGCUGAAGAAGAAACACAAGCUGAAGAAGAGACACAAACUGAAGAACUAACACCAGCAGUGGAAGAAACACCCGCUCAAGAAGAAACACCGGCUGAAGAGACACCUGCUGAAGAGACACCAGCUGAACAAGCAACAUUGACUGAAGAAGAAACGCAAGCUGAAGAAGCAACACCGGCUGACGAAGAGAAACCAUCUGAAGAAGAGACACAAACUGAAGAGGAAACACCAGCUGUGGAAGAAACGCCCACUGAAGAUGGAACACCGGCUGAAGAGACACCUGCUGAAGAGACACCAGCUGAAGAAGAAACACAAGCUGAAGUAGAGACACAAACUGAAGAACCAACACCAGCAGUGAAAGAAACACCGGCUGAAGAAGAAACACCCGCUGAAGAAGGAACACUGGCUGAAGAGACACCUGCUGAAGAGACACCAGCUGAAGAAGAAACACAAGCGGAAGAAGAGACACAAACUGAAGAACCAACACCAGCAGUGGAAGAAAUUCCCGCUGAAAAAGAAACACCCGCUGAAGAAGAAACACAAGCUGAAGAAGAGACACAAACUGAAGAAGUAACACCAGCUGUGGAAGAAGCACCUGCUGAAGAAGAAACACCAGCUGAAGAGACACCUGCUGAACUAGCAACACUGGCUGAAGAAGAAACGCAAGCUGAAGAAGCAACACCGGCUGACGAAGAGAAACCAUCUGAAGAAGAGACACUGGCUGAAGAACCAACACCAGCUGUGGAAGAAACACCCAUUGCAGCAGAGACACUGGCUGAAGAAGCAACACCAGCUGGAGAAGAAACACAAGCUGGAGAAGAAACACAAGCUGAAGAAGCACCACCAGCUGAAGAAGAGACACAAGCUGGAGAAGCCACAUCAGCUGAAGUAGAGACACCAGCUGAAGAACCAACACCAGCUGCAGAACCAACACCAGCUGAAGAAGAGACACUGGCUGAAGAAGAAAUACAAGAUGAAGAACCAACACCACCUGUGGAAGAAACACCGGCUGAAGAAGAGACACAGGCUGAAGAAGAGACACAACCUGAAGAAGAGACACAACCUGAAGAAGAUAAAACUGCUGUACAAGAGACACCAGCUGAAGAAGAAACACAUGCUGAAAAAGAGACACCAGCUGAAGAAGAAACACCUGCUGAAGAAGAAUCAAAUUCUGAGGAAGUGGUUGAGAAGAGGGUGUCUGCCUCAGACUUGGUUGAAGAGUUUGGACUGACAUUAGAUGAGGGUGAUCAGAGUGUAUCUGUAUUUGGUCAGGAAACUGAAAACAAAUCUGGUGAUGAAAUGGUGGAAGAAGAAAAAGUUGUUCCAACGACACAAAAUCCAGAGGAAGCAGAUAUCAGAUUAGACUUUUUAUGUAGCACAGAGGAAGCUGAAGUUACAGAGAAAGGUGCUGAGGAAAUUGAAACAGAGGAUGUUGUGGAUGGGGUAAAUAUAGAUGAAGUAGCAAGUACAUUGGAUGUCUCUCCCACAGGAGAUGAGGGUGUUUCAACAGAACAAUCAGAAGAAGUUGAUGCCAGUGAAGGAAAAGAAGCUGUGAAAGAUGCAGAAGAAGAGUCAUCACCUGUAACCCAGGAGGCUGAUAAUGUAGUAGAGGAAGUAUCAGACAAUGUGCCAGCAGCUGUUGAGACCGAGGUAGAAAAAUUGAGCAAGGAAACAAAAGAGACAGAGGAGAAAGAGGAUGAGACAGUGGAGGGAUUACCCAAGGAAGCACCAGAAAUUAUUGUCACUAGUGAAGAGGCUAUUGUGGAUGAAGAAGCUGGUGAUGAUGAAGUGAAAGAGGAUACUAACCAGGCAGCUGAGGAAAUGGCCACAGAAGAACAGGAGGUGGUGGAAGAGUCAGUGAGGGAAGAAAUCACAAGGGAUGUUGAAGCAUGUCCUGAAGAUUCACCAGAUGACGGGGACAAAGCAGUUAGUGAAGAAGUAGUGGAGGGUGAUUCAGAACAAGUAGAAGUUAUUGUUGCAGAAGCCGAACAAGCAAAAGAGGAAAUUAUUCAGGCAACAGAGGAAUCAGCCACAGAGGAACAUGAGGUGGUUGAAGAGCCAGUGAGGGAAGAACUCACGGAAGAUGUUGAAGCAUGUCCUGAAGAUUCACCAGAUGAUGGGGACAAAGCAGUUAGUGAAGAAGUAGUGGAGGAUGACUCAGAACAAGUAGAAGUUCUUCAUGAUGAAGCAGAACAAGCAGAAGAGGAAACAGUAAAUGAUGAUGUGUGCCAAGAUGCCUCUGAGGAUACAAGUGAUGAGGCAGUUACUGAAGAGGUGAAAGUGACAGACACAGAAGAAGCCACUGAGAUACCAUCACCUGAAAAAGAAGCUGUUACAGAAGUUGUUGAAGAAACUGUUGUGGAUACUGUUGAACUGGAAACGGAAGCCACAUUAUCACAAGACAUAGAGAAGGAAGUGGUUAUUGAUACAGACAUUGCAACAGAGAAUGUUGAAAUUGAAGAGUCUACAGAGGAAACGGAGCAAGAUGUUCCAGAGGAGGCAGACCAAGCGGUGGUAGAACAGGAAGCGGUAGAAGAAAAGACUGAGGAGGUGAGCCAGACUGAAGUAAUAAAACAAGAGGUUGGAACGGAAACAGAACAGCUGCCACCGUCAGAAGAAAGUGAAGAGGUGGCUGAAGUGAUCCCUGUGGAACCCCAAGAAGAACUGAAGGAGGAAUCUACUGAGGAGCCACAGACUGAAGAGCCAAAGACAGAAUCAGUGGAAGAAACCAAAGAAGUACCAGAAGAGCCUGUUGAGGAACCUCCAAAGGACACACCAGUCAAUGGUGUUUCUGAGGAUACUGUCUUCAAUGGGGUGCUUCUUAAUGGACAUGAUGGUGGUCAUCUUACCAAUGGACAUCAUGUAUCUGAAGACGACCACUUGACCAAUGGUGAUGAAGUUCCAGAGAUCACGAGCCCGACCAGUCCUAAGCCGCUGAGAGAGAGACUGCUGUCGUGGGAGGCUAUAGCGAAAGGUACCACCGUGCAUUGUGCAUGCAUGCCUGGCGCCCUCUAUAUGCAGUGUUAGGCCAACGUAGUUCGACUCGGACACACUAUCGUGAAUGUCGCUCGACAAAAUUAUGAAGAAUGCAAACUUGCCAAUUCUUUUUUAAGAUUCAUGUCAAGGAACUACAAGCUGUGAAGCUACGGUGACGACGGGAACCAUUAUAUACAUGGUCUAAAGAGUUACCCGUUUUAUGACUUCCGAUCGAACCCAAGUUGGCCCAACUCUUCAUAUUAGGUGGCUCUAAAAUGGGCUAGUCCAGCCAAUAUAUCAAAUACCCAUUUUACCCCAAUAUUGAUAUUUGCAUGCCCACUGACCAACAAGGAAUUGCAGUUUUGUUCAAUAAGCAUAUCUUGCAUGUUCAUACUAAGCCUCUGACCGGUAUUCUGAAGUCAGGUUUAACGUACACCAUGGUCUAACUCUGUGCUAAAAGUAUGGAAAGCCAAAAAGGUAAAAUUUUUCCUCACAUUGUAUGUUUCUUAUGCUUACUGCGCUCUUUUCCAAUGCGUGAAUGGGGAAGAAAGCUAUCUUAUUGAUCCUUGGGAAACAGUUAAGAAUUAUUUGAGAGAAAAAGUGAGCUGAUACAUUGAAAUUUCACUGUUACAUUUAUGCCACUCUUGGCUAUCCAUAGUUAAACCACAACUUUAAACCAGAAAUUGAAUUAAACCGGACUUCAGAAUAUGAGCCUGUGUGUAUAAAAGGUUCUUCUAUAUAAAUUGUGCAGUGUUUGUGUAUCUUGCAUGCUAAAUACUUUUCCUCUUUCAGACACUUGUAAUAAGAUGAAUUUAUGUCAUAUAAAAUGCAUGUUAUUACUGAGCACAGUCUAUUUUAUUUCAUUAUUAGUAGAACAAGAACUGUGUCUCAUGCUGUGCAUUUAUGUUUUUUUUAUUGCAUGAUUUGUUUUAUAUUUAAAUUAGAAUGCUUUGCAUAAAAUGCUCUGUGCACAUCAUACACCCCUUGCUGUUGAAAUCAUUAUUUAUAUCAGUGUAUUGUUACUUUUCACACUUUAUAGAUGUCAUUAAUACAUCAGAUCUAUCACAUAUAUGUACUUCUUUAUGAUUAUGUCACUAGUUUUGUUUACCCUACAAAAUAUGCUUUGUAGAGAAUUUGGUGCACAUUCUAUCAUCUUUCUGUUUAGAAAUUAUUUAUGUCAGUUUAUCGUUGCAUUUUAUUAUUUUAUAGGUACCAUCGAUUCAUCAAAAUUUAUCACACACCUGUUCAUAAGCCUAUAGCUGUGUCUGCUCUACAAUAUUGUAUAUUGUUUAAUUUUUUUCACAAUCUGUCCCCCUUGCUUUUAGAUAGGCCUAUAUGUCGGUUUAUUGUUGCUUUUUAUAAUUCCCAAGUUCCAUUGAUUCAUCCGCAUUUAUCACAUACUUGUUAUCACCCCAUCGUUUUAUUAUCCAUUAUGUACUUAAUAUUAAGUCUUCUAUUUUUAAAUUUUGUAUUCGAGGUUGUUAAGUGACUUUCAUUUUACUUCUGUUCACAUAGUGCAUUAUUAUAUGAUCAAAUCAUCUCAUAGCUAGUACCAGAAGGUCGUUAGUAUUUUGAGGACAUACAUAAUGAAGAUGGAGUUUCGCAGGUUUAUUAUUAUUGGAUGGAUUUCUAAUUUACCAUACAUGUAUGAAAAUGAAAUUCAGUAUUUGAAGCAGCACAACCAGGAAACAGGACCAUUAUUCCCACUUUUGACACAAGAUGGCGCUAGAUAUGUUUUGCAACCAUUUUUUUAGAAUGGCUGAGAGAAACAACAUCCUUUCUCCUCCAAACAAAUCAUGUUUCUUUGAUACCAGUGCCAUUAGAUAGACAGUGACUCCUGCAAAUUGAAAUGUUCAUUUGGUUAUCGCGUGUUCUCCCAUAGUCUUUUUAAUGUAAAUGCCAGGUAAAAUGAUCUCCAAAUGAGUUAGAAGAGAAACCACCCGUGUGAUUGUUC